CUGCCAUAUUAUUAUUAUUACUAUUAAUAUAAACCAUUCCGUCUACGUAGAUUGGUCGUUCGAAAGCACUUAAUAUUGUUUACCAAAGAAAUGGUGAUGGAGAAGCCAAGUCCCCUGCUAGUAGGGCGGGAGUUUGUGAGGCAGUUGAACAAGGCGCCAGACUUCCUGCACAGGUUCUACGGGAGGAGUUCUUCCUAUGUUCACGGCGGUCUGGACGCCAGUGGAAAGCUGGCGGAAGCAGUGUACGGCCAAGCGGAAAUCCACAUGAAGGUCAUGUCCCUGCAGUUCAGCGAGUGCCGCACGAAGAUCCGGCACGUGGACGCCCACCCUACGCUCAGCGACAGCGUGGUGGUGCAGGUCCUCGGAGAGCUGUCCAACAACGGCCAGCCCAUUAGGAAGUACAUGCAGACGUUUGUGCUCGCCCCAGAGGGUUCGGUGGCCAACAAGUUCUACGUACACAAUGACAUCUUCCGCUACGAGGACGAGGUUUUUUGUGACUCAGAAGCGGAACUCGAUGAAGAAUCAGAAGAGGAAGUUGAGGAGGAGCCAGAAGAGAGGCCGGCAUCCCCCGAGCCUCUUCAGGAGAGUCCCAACAGCGCCACCUACUACGAUCCUCACCCCGUCGCUAACGGAGUGGAGGAGCCCAUGGAGGAACCUGCCCCGGAACUAGAAAUGGAACCCGAGCCUGAGCCCAAAGUGGAGGAAAUAAAGUCUGAAGUCGAGGAGAAAGCUCUGGAAGAAAUGGAGGAAAAAGCUCCCUCGCCGGUCCUAGUGGAGUCGCCACCUAAUGCCCAGGAGCCGCCUAAGACCUUCUCUUGGGCCACAGUGGCCAGUAAACACCUUCCUCCUUCGGGCACCACAUCUGGUAUCUCACCCCAUGUUGUUAAAGCGCCAAGCUCCCAGCUUCGAACUGAAGCCAAGCCAGAGACGCAAGCAGUGCCGCUAAGACCCCGAGACCAGCGUCCCAGAGACAGACCGACCUUCUCCCCACGUCCACCCCGAUCAGAUGGCAUGCCAUCUUCUGAGGCACAAACAGGGAAACCACAUUUAAGUUUCGUCAACAAAGGCGGUCGGGGUGAUGCUGAUUCGGGUGAAAUGGACACAAGGCGACCUGUACGCUACCCGGACAGCCACCAGCUCUUUGUAGGCAACCUCCCGCAUGACAUUGACGAGCUGGAGCUCCGAGACUUCUUCAUGACUUAUGGAAAUGUCGUUGAGUUGCGGAUCAACACCAAGGCCGUCGGCGGGAAGCUUCCUAACUUUGGAUUUGUGGUCUUUGACGACUCUGAACCCGUGCACAAGAUCCUGGGAGCCAAGAACUUCACACGGAAAGGAUUGACAGAUUGA